GUUUUAAUCCCUGGAACCGACCCGAGAUAUACAUGUAUGAUGUCAUUCUAAUAGCAACGUGGUUAAGGGCAAUAUAUGUUCUCUACUAUGUUCUCUAACCUACUAUGUAGCUCGUGCUAAAAGGACUUUUAAUAUCAGAAUGCCCCGAGUUAGAUCUGAUUUUCGCGUACUAAAAUUCGAUGGACGCGUUAUGACUGUUUCUAAAAACUCAUAAUGUCUAAUGAGUCGCAUGUUGAGCUUCACGACUUGGAACGAUCAGCGACAGAGACGGCAACUCUACAGUCGCAACAGCAGCAGCAGCAGCGCGAAUAUCAAGAUAAUGGACGCCGUCGUUCGAGUUCUGAUCCUACGGGCCAAGGCCGUCAGCGGCCAGGCUUAGCAAUUAUACGACCUCGUGGGGGAACAAAUGGCUCUCGUAUGCCCCCAAUUCCUGAACAGGUGAGACCGACUAGUACAGCCCUUUUCCACACGCCGAACGGGCGUGCCGAACUCGAUGAAAAUAUCGCCGACCUACUCGAUGUAAUAGAUCCUGAAGUGUCUACGUUCAACAACGUGACCAACAUACAAAACUCUCUUUUUGUGCCAUCGCUCGGCAGAUUUAUCAACCGGCGGCCAACAUAUCAACUUUCGAUAGCGCCUAAACAUGAAACUAUUCGAGAGGAGAAGGAUAAAGAAGAAGAAGGGUUCAACUUUGACCAUGCCGUUCUCCCUGAUGGAGUAUUCUUAGACGGGUGGACUGAUGAGGAAAAGGAUGAGCUUAAUGACUACGUGCGCCAUAUGUUACAUUCACGACGUUCCCGGUUUAAGCGCAGUAUGAAGGCUUUUGGACAGUACGUCAGGAAGCCCCUUGGCUUUUUUGUGACGCUAUAUGCGACUCUUAUCACGCUUUUCGGCUUGGCCUGGGUAUUAUUCUUGAUUGGUUGGAUCUACGUCGGGGAAGAGCAAGUUUACGCCAUUAACAUCAUCGACUACGUCCUGGUCGCCCUCUUCGGCCUCGUCGGUGACGGCUUGGCGCCUUUUCGUGCUGUAGACACCUACCACAUGGCUUACAUAGCGCAUUAUCAUCGCCUAACGUGGAAGCUACGUAGAAAAAAGCGCAUGGGGAAAUUACGCGAUAAGAACGACUUACCGACGAAUUCGGAUCUUGAGGCGGCGCGCGAUGAGCUGUCAGUUCUGUCGCCGCAGCAGGAGGCGCGGCUCGUGCAUCACCAGACCAAGUUUGCCAAAUCGCACACUUUCUACAAGCCGCACGAGACCAAGACGCACUACGCAUUCCCCCUGAACUGGCUGGUAGCAAUCGUAACGCUGCUGGAUGUACACUCGUGCCUGCAGAUCGCGCUGGGCGCGACGACAUGGGGCAUCGACUACAACGUACGGCCGAUGGCGGUGACGGCGACGAUCCUAAGCUGCUCCAUCGCGGUGAACAUCACGGCCGGCAUCCUAAUCAGCAUCGGGGGGCGACGGACGCGCAAGAAGGACGUGGUGGAGCGCAUGUUCCGACAGGACCUGACGCGCGAGGCGUUCGACAAGAUCCGCGCGCGCGGCAAGAAACACGGCGACACCGAGAAGCAGCUCAAGGCGGAGCGCGCCCUCGAGCAGGGCCGCAAGAGCGAGGCGAAUGACGACGCGGCGAGCGAGGAGAUACGUGGCGUUCCAAUAGAGCAUACUAAGACGGAGGACGAGCGGGAGAUAUACUCAGAUGUGCGAUGAUGUUGGAAUAUACGUGGAUAAUGUUUAAUGAUUUGGUUUCUAUUAUUCUUGGUGGCGCGGUGGGGGUGG